AUGCCCGCAUUGCACUCAUUGCCACCAGAGAUUAUCACCAACAUUGUCUCGCAAUUGGAUCGCAACGAUUGCAUUACUUGCAUUGGCGUGUGUCAGCAAUGGCGACGAGCUAUUCCACCUUGUGCAGCCAAUUUAUGGGCCAAUGUUUCCAUCGCUACCAACGCCGACGAUACCCUUAAUCACAUUCGAUACUUUGCGCCUCAUUUACGAUCCGUCACCUUGCUCUCUAACUUUGGCGAGAGUCGACUCUAUGAUGCAUUAACCAAGCUACAGGAAUGCCAUCGCAUGGAUCGAUUAAAAAUGCAGCUCGCUUCUCAGAUGAAACACCCAGAAAAGCUUAUCGAGCUCUUGCGUGCAUUAUCCAAAAAGAUGCAUCACCAACAUCAUCGGCUGCAUACACUUGAACUACACAGUACACGACCAUUGCCAUCACUCCCCCACAUCAUUGCUGCGUGUCCUGAUGUUACACAAUUGUCAUAUGCAGUAAUGCCCUUUUCAGUGGCAUAUCGACCCAAACUUUUACCAAUGGAUACGGGUGAUCACGUUGGAUUAACGACAUUACGCAUUGAUACCAAAGAGACAUCGUUUGAUUUGUACGCCAUUUUACAACAUUGUCCAUCACUUUUGCGCCUCAAAGUGAAUCUCAUGGUUCAACUCGAUUAUCAUGCCAUCCUAAAGGCUUGUCCAUCCAUUCAAGUUAUUCACAGCGGCCCAUUCAACAUGUUGUACGAUUACGAUACCCAGCCAUAUUAUUAUCAGCAGAGCAAGGAUGGUGAUGAUGAUGAUGAUCCAUGUUAUGGAGUGCGACAUUUAGUGUUACAUGAAUAUCGCCAAGAUCGGAUCAAGAAUCUCGCCACACUCGAUUUUAUUCUUGAGCAACAUACCACAUUAGAGCUACUUCAUCUGGAAUUGGAGGGAUUGAUUCAUACGGAUUGGGAUCAUCUGGUGUCAAGGUUACCGCGUCAUACGUUUCAUCGACUCAAGACAUUGUGCUGCCGAUCACUCUAUGGUUGCAGAGGUAGACAUAUUGCUGCAUUGAUCACGGCAUGUCCCAAUUUGGAGCACCUUCAUCUAUGUCGCAUGCAUCAAUUGGAUCCACCUGUAUGGCGAUCGCUAUUGUCAUUGAGAUCCUUGAGAAAACUGGAAUUGUGUAUUGAGAACCCUGAUGUGCUCAUGGAUCAACAAGACCAACAGGCUGCUGCAGCUCGACAUCAUCAACAUGUUGUAUCAGGGGGGAUUCUACCAUGGUUCUUUCAAACAAUAAGCCGACCAAAUACCCCAUCAUUGCGAUACCUAUCACUAUCAAGCAUGGGUUCAUUGUUGAUUGACUCUGCUGUAUUACUUGCAGUGGCAUCCAUAAGGACCUUGGAGGAUCUUACAUUGGAAGGUGUGGAGAGGAUGCUUGUACCACCCCAAGUCAUGGCUCAAUUCUUGACACGCCUGCAGCAACAUGGCACACUGGAGCACCUCGCAUUGAUACGCGUCACGUGUAUGGAUAUUGGGAUGUUGGAUAUUCUUUUUGGGAUGAGCCAUCUCAAGACACUCAAGAUGGACAAGUGCAAAUCAUUGACUGCCGAGGUAUUGGAACAAUGGCUGGAGGUGGAGGAUGGUAGGACGUGGAACAACAAUGUGGAGAAGAAGAAGAUGAGUGGCAAUACCCCAAGUAGACGUCCCUUAUUUUUACACGAGAUCAAGGUGGAUGAUCGUAUCAUUGCUAGUAGAUGA